AUGACAACAAGCUCCCAUUUUGCUUCUGCCCCGAUCCCGCUAGUCCAGCCCCUUCGCAAGCCAUCCGCCCUGCAGCACCAGACUCUUUGCCAGCCAGCGCUACUCGGCUCUCUAUCCUCGUCCGGUCCCGCAUCGCGCGCGCCACCGCGAGCUUCGCAUUGCACAUCGCAACCACGCGCAUCAUCCUCCGACAGCUCCUCCCCCCGGUGGAUAUUGAGCAUGAAGGAGUUUCCUCGCAAGUUCUUGAGCCUUCGGGACAAGAACCCCUCGCAUAACAGAAGCAAGUCGGCGCCGCCCUCAAAGAGCCGACCCCGAUCGACCGAGGCUUUCUUUGCUUUGUUUGGUCGCGAUGCCAAGUCAAAGGACACAGUCGACAAGGCUGAAGAAGAUGCCAAGGUUGAGGAUAUUCUCCGCCGCCUCGAUGAGCUCAAUAUUACCAACGUCACCAGCGAGCAUAUCCGAGAGAUGCUCAGUACUCGAUUCGGUGACGGCGAUGCCAAAGACACUGCCGAAGUCAUAAGCCUCGAGCAGAAAUCCGCUGCCGGCACAAUCGUUCCUUAUAAUCCUAGUGUGCAGAUGCUUGGCGCUGAAAACCGCGGUGGUGUCACUUGCUACCUCGACGCCCUCCUCUUUUCCAUGUUCUGCAAAUUAGAUGCCUUUGAGUGCAUGUUAAAAACGGAAUUUCCAGCCGAGGACCCCAAGGCGAAGCUCGUUAAUCUGCUACGGGUAUGGGUCAAUCUGCUUCGGUCUGGCAAGCUAAUCAACGUCGAUCUGACUCGUCUAAUUCAAGAAUCUAUGGGCGACAGUGGCUGGCCAGACGCCCGAUUACUGGAACAACAAGAUACAUCCGAAGCGUUCGCUUUUCUCACCGAGACCCUUCAACUCCCACUUUUAUCUUUACAGGUCGAUCUUUUUCAUCAAGGAAGAAGAGACGAAGAUGAUCACAAGGUCGUCUAUGAACGUCUAUUGAACCUGGCGGUACCACCAAAUCAUGACAACAAAGCAAUUAGGCUUGAAGACUGCCUUGAAGAAUAUUUUAACGCUCAAGUCGACGUGCUGCGGGACAGUGAAGAAGCCAAGAAAUCCCAUUCGGAGGACAAGGGGCCUGAUACUCCCACUCUUCUACACCAAAAUACGAUGCGGCUCGUUCGAGGCGAAGAGAACGGUGCAUCUGCAACCUUGAGUGCCUCCCCCGUGGAAAUGUCGCCUUUGCGCCAAUUCCCCAGCCAUUCAUCAGUUGCAAGCGACUUACCCGCCCUUGAGCGGCCAGCGACGUCUACAGGUGUCUCUCAUGAUCAGGUGCCCAAACUUGAGGCCUCCGCUAUUCCAAAGCGGCUCUCUUUGAGACACAGGUCUGCCAGCGUUAUUCAAAGGGUUGUUCUCGAUGCAAAUGGGAAGCCCACAAGCACAGAUGCCGAUGACACUCGCAAGCCACAGCGAAAAGGCUCUAUGGUGGUCAAGGCCGUGACAAUUCCUGCUUGGCAAUUUUUCCGACUUAUCCCUUGGCACGCCGUUCGAGCAAAUGAGCCUCGCAGCAACUCUGAAGUUGUGCUCAAUUUUGAACAGCGUCCUGUCGUCGGCAUUUGCCUAAAACGCUACGCCAUGACAGAGACUGGGCAGCCAAAAAGACACAACACCUAUAUCGACAUUCCAGACAGCCUUCGUCUUCCACACUUUAUGCUUGCUGACGGCCCUGACACAACGGCGGACGAUUCACCCUUGACUUCAGAUUUCAAGCUUGUGCUACAAUCAGUUAUCUGCCAUCGGGGCGACUCUCUCCAAAGUGGGCACUAUGUUGCUUUUGCGAGAGCUGCUCCCAAAGUUCUCACCUCCAACAGACGGCAUGACAUCGAUCCACCUCCGGAUUAUGAAGAAGCCCAAUGGGUCAAAUUUGAUGAUCUCGAAGAACCCCGUGUCACCUAUGUUGACAACAUAAAGAAGUCUCUCACCGAAGAGAUGCCCUAUCUACUAUUUUACCAGGUUGUGCCCAUGCUGGAGGUAGCUUGCCCUUCGAUAGACGGCACCGCCACGGGACCGCCCUCUUACCAGGAAUCUAAGAUCAGUCUGGAGAUGCAGAAUUCUCGAGCAGCAACUGAUGGCGGCCUGUCUAAUCCGAGUAAGCCUCCUAGCAUCCGCCUUUCCAUGGAUGAUGAGCGGUCCACAGCUAUCGUCUUUGAUGGUUCGGCACGGCCCUCGGUUUCUGGAUCCGUCCCUACAGAGUCACGGCGUGAUAGCGCAAACUUUACCACGUCCUCCAUUGCUACGCCUAUCAUGACCCCGACUCGUACACCAGAGGCUACUUCUCCCAUCAUUUCACCGAGCGACAACAAGACGCCCCGACUAUCGCGAGCUGCGUCGCGCUUCAAUCUGAGUCGUCAGAGCCGGCCAAGUAGCCAGUCUGGCGAGGGACGCAUUAGUCUGACCAUUUCUCGUCUUGGUGGUCUAAUGAAGCAGAAUAGGGAGGUUCUGCCUAGUGCUGAGAGUGGCGAGGAAAGAGGAUCAACUCCCCUAGGAUCACCCUCGCCAAGAAAUGCCAGUUUUGAAGUUUUCCGCAACCUCGAUAGCCAACAACAGCCACCCUCCACCGCCAAUACGGCCACGACUGCCACCACCAUUGCUACCUCUGCGACUGCCGCAGAGCCAGAUACCAAGGUUCAGCGCAACAAGUCAAAGCACAAGACCAAGUCGCGAGAGAAGCCUCCCAAGCCUGCCAAGCAAAAGGACAGUUCGCAGCCGGACCGAGAAUGCGUCCUGAUGUAG